AUGCAAAUUAACUUGAUACAAAAACUAAACGAACAUUUCAAACAAGACCUAAAAAUAAAUCUAGAAAACUUUGAAGUCAACAAAAUUCAUCGUUUAGGACAUAAAAAACUGGAAGAAAAGAAGUCGAGACCGAUCCUAUGCUCGUUUGUAAACAAUUGGAAGAAGAAUGAAAUCAUGAAAAAUAAAAAGAAUCUAAAGAAAAUUUACAUCACUGAAGAUUACUCGAAGGAAGUGCUGCAGAAGAGAAAACAGUUACAAGCCGAGUUAGUAGAAGAGAGGAAAAAGGGCAAUUUUGCCUACCUCAAGUACAAUAAACUUAUAGUGAAACAGAAUAAUAACCAACAAGAGAAAAGGAAAAGAGAAACCUCUGCUUCACCACCUUCUUUCAACAACCAAGCAAAAAAGCAACAGUCUCAUUUUUCAACCAAGUCCAACAGGGCAGAUGCCUUUGAUAUGAUGCGGGCUAGAUCGAACUCUCUCUCAAACUUAAUUUCCAAUAGAAAACUGGUCAUCGCGGGGGAAAGAGACCACAACCUUCCAACAAAAGAAGAAGAGAAAAAUAUAUUAAAAAAUAAACAUGAGGAAACAAAAAUCUACGUCGCCGCUUUAAAUGUACGAACUUUGAGAGAAGAAGAGAACUUAACAGAGCUAAUAUAUGCGUUAGAGAAAAUCAAAUGGGACAUAAUAGGGCGAAAGCAAGCUAAAGACGAUACUAUAAAUAGGUUUUACUUCGACCUAAAUAGAGCUAUAAUAGAGCACUACUACAAAAAUUUAGUAAUAUUAGGAGACUUCAACGGUCAAAUUGGCGAAAGACGCCCGGAGAAGAGUCCACAAUAG